AUGCCGAUCCCUUAUCGCAAGUCUAAAAACUCAGUCACUCGUUUUCGUUUCCCCGAGGAAGAGAAACGUAUCGUCUCGCAACUCACUACCACCAGCUCGAACGAUAGAGAAUCCUCCUACUUCCUCAUCUCCAAAACGUGGUACACAAGCUGGGAGAGAUACGUUGAGCAGCCUUCGGGAGGAGGAGGAGGAGCAGCUCCAAGGCCUGGACCGAUUGAUAACAAUGAUAUCAUCGAUACUCGCAGGUUACUUGUUGAAGACGAAGAUUACAUUCUUGUCCCUCAACGUGUUUGGAACACUCUUCUUGAAUGGUAUAGUGGAGGUCCUCCAAUACCAAGAACCGUGAUCUACCUUUUCUUGUACGAUGCAAGAGAUAACGAUGUAACUGAGAUACGGGUUGCUAAACAGGCCACUACAGGGGAGCUUUUUAACAAGGUUUGUGCUACGAAAGGUGUAUCUCAUGAAAAGGCUCGUAUCUGGGAUUACUUCAAUAUGACGAAAGGCAAACGCUUGUAUCCUUCAUCUAACAAGAGCCUUGAAGAGUUAGGUAUUCACGCGGAGGAAGAUAUUCUUCUUGAAGUUGAUGGGAGCUCGGAAGUAAAUGAUGAGCUACCUCUGGAAGAAGAGCCUUCUGGAUCUGGCGUUUCUUUGAGUAGUAGUACUAGUCCUGGAAAAGGAUUAGCAGGACUGGUCAAUAUGGGAAACACCUGCUACAUGAACAGUGCUCUUCAGUGUUUGGCACACACACCUCCCAUACUUGAACACUUCUUGCGAGAUCACAGUAAAGACGAGCUUGCUAAGGCGUUUGGUGAGCUCUUGAAGGAGUUAUGGUCGUCAGGAAGAAAUGCAGUUGAACCACGAGUUUUCAAGACAAAACUUGAUAAAGUUGCUCCACAGUUUAGUGGUCACAAUCAACACGAUUCUCAUGAACUUCUUAUGUCCUUAUUAGUUAGGCUGCAUGAAGUCUCUGACAUAGUUAACGUCUGCCAAGGUCAAUGCAAGUCAAGUCUGGUUUGUCCAGUGUGUGGGAAAGCAGGAAGCACUUAUGAGUCCUUCACGUGCUUGUCUUUACCUCUGCCUUCAACACUUAACCGGACAAUAUCAGUUACUGUGUUUUAUGGCGAAGGAGGUCAUCUUCCGAUACGAUACACUGUAACAGUGCCUAGGAGUGGAUCAUGUAGUGAUCUUAUUGCUGCGUUAAGUACUGCUUGUUCCUUAACCGAUGAUGAAAGCCUUUUACUUGCAAUGGUAUAUGAGAACAAGAUCUUUGGAUAUUUAGAGGAUCCCAUUGAGUCGCUGAGUGUGAUGAAAGAUGAUGUCCAUAUUGCUGCGUAUCGGAUGAAGAAUCAGAUGCAGAAAGAAGCAGGAAAAGCAAAACUUGAAAUGCUUCAUGGAGGGCAGGGAAAAAGACCAAGUUUGUCUGGAGAGAAGACAAGGCAAGAAGAAGUGAUAACUCUGUAUGCUUGUUUGGAGAAAUAUUUAGCAGAAGAACCUCUUGAACUGGAUAACAUGUGGAGUUGUCCGGAAUGCAAAGAGCAGAGGCAAGCUAACAAGAAGUAUGACAUGUGGAAGCUGCCAGAUAUACUAAUGUUCCAGUUAAUACGGUUCAAGAGUAGCAAAUGUUUCACGAAGAAGAUAGAUACGUUUGUGGAUUUCCCAGUUGAGGAUCUGUUAGAGUUGAGCAAGUACGUGAAUAAUGGGAAACGGGAGUCAUACUUGUAUGAGCUGUAUGCAGUGAUCAACCAUCUCGGUGGAAUUGGUGGUGUUGGCCACUACACUACCUACGCUAAGUUGGUUGAUGAUGGCAACAAGUGGUAUCAUUACGACGACAGUGUUGUUAAACCCGUAAACGAAUCUGAGAUCAAAAGCGCAGCAGCCUAUGUUCUGUGCUAUCGUAGAGUUGAAAGUGAAUCAGCUGAGGAUGUGUCGAGGACCGAUGACAUGGAUCAGUCUUAA